AUGGGUCAAUCUCUACCUGCGCAAAUGCAACAUUCAAGAUUGACCCGCGGGACAUUGACCAACCACGCAAGCUGCCAUUUAAGCGCUUUUCCUUUUGACACCGGCUAUCCCUCCAAAGGGCCCUUGGACGAAUCCGGUGCUCUCCCUCCGACGGUCUCCCUCAAACUAUGUCACACCAUUAUCCCCACCCUUUCCCGCGCCGCCACUUGUUUGGUUCUGUACGACGUGUGUCAAGGAGACGUGGACGAAUAA